AUGAGGACCGUUCUUUGCUCUUUUUUACUGUUUGCAUUUGGUAUUGCUAAUGCUACUGAGGACCCAGUCACCGAUGACGACAGCAGUAAUUGCAUAAAUUUGUACAACGGUUCAAGUUACACAUUCUGCCGGGAAAAUUCGAAAAAUUGGUACUCCUGGUCCAGAAGCAGAGAUCUGUGCAAGAGGGCUGGAUAUGAUCUUGUUUCCAUCGAAAGUUAUGGGGAAUGGAGCUUUUUAAACCAAACUAUCCAGAAAUUUGAAACAAAGGAAUACUCCAUCGGGCUUAAGAAAGAUAUAUCGUCCGGAGAGUGGAGAUGGAUAAGUGAUAAUAGCACGGUAAAUGCGACAAUCAAGGGAGCGUGGCCUUGGGCGCCAGGUGAACCUAACAACAUUGACAAGGAGAAUUGCAUACAAAUUUACAAGACGCACGGAGGCCCUGGUCGUUAUAACAAUGUUCCAUGUGACACAGGAUUGAAACGAGCAGGAUAUAUAUGUGAGAGGCCUACCGGUGGAGAAGGUUUCAUAUACAACCUUGAUGAAAACGAAACAAGGGAAGUCAAUUCGUACAGCGUUAGAUCACCUUCAGAUCAUGUUGACGAUCAGCUCAUUUGCACCUAUGAGGUGCCCCCGAGUUCUGAACUGCAAUCGAUCGAUCCCGUCCUCGUUCAACAAAUAGAGAGCUCUGCAGAGCUUACUGUACACUUAACCCUUUCACAAACGGAGUCUGGGCUGGCCACCUACGAGACAGUUAGCAACUGCAAAAAAGAGUGCGAGUAUGAUGACAUAGAUGAGACUUAUCGAAAGUCAAAGUCAGUGAGCAAGGAAUUUUCAGAUAUUCAGGAAAGAGCACGAGAAAACACAGUGUUGGUGAGUGGUGAAAAAGGAAUACAGCAGCCAUCUACUUCAUGCAAUAAAAAAGAAGAAAAAGAGGAUUAUGUUUAUGCCGUUGUUUACAAAGAAAGAAAAGGCAGAGCCAGUUCUGAAGCAAGUAUUCUCAAAAAAUCAUCAGACCCCCCUCAAAAAGGAACAAGUGGGUUACCUGUGAACCGGGGGUCCUGUGUCGGUAGUAUUGGUCGUCCGUCGCAUCCAAGUGAUUCAGGGCUCGAAAACAACACAAAGGCUGUAGAGAGCAAGACACCUCAGCCUGGCGGGGGCACUGAAUAUUUAUACGCAGCUGUUGACAAGACAGAAAAGAAGAGGAAACAGCCACAGAAGCCCCCUCCAUACCAUGGUCAUGCGUACGCUGAUCUGGUCUAUUCCAGAGAAAGUAGCGCAAAGCUUGUCAAAGAACAGUCCCUAACAGUGUACGCCCAAGUUGAUCAAGCCAAGACGGCAAGCCUGAUGAUAUCCCAGCAGAAUCUGGAUGAAAAAGAGAAAGGCGAACAUCUGUGA